AUGAGCAUAGCAAAGAGCAGCGCCAGUACCUCCGCGACGUACUGCUCAGGGUACUCAGAGGAUGUCGAUCGUAUCCGGGAGCGCGAGUAUCCCUUGCUAAAAGAUACAACAUAUCUAGAUCAUGCAGGCACUACGCUCUACGCCAAGUCCCUGAUUGACUCCUUCAGCCGUGAUCUGACCAGCAGUCUAUAUGGAAACCCUCACUCCAUGUCUGCGUCGUCGCAGCUCUCGGCGCAGCGCGUAGAUGAUAUCCGUCUGCGAGCACUCCGCUUCUUCAAUGCGGAUCCGGACGAGUUUGACCUUGUUUUUGUGGCGAAUGCCACUGCCGGGAUCAAGUUGAUUGCGGACGCUUUUCGGGACUCACCCAGAGGGUUCUGGUAUGGAUAUCAUGUCGAUGCUCAUACGAGUCUUGUUGGAGUGCGGGAGCUUGCGGCGGCCGGAUCGAGGUGCUUCGUGCGUGACGACGAGGUGGAUGCGUGGGCAUUUGGCCUGGAAUCCGAGGGAAGAGAAUCGCUUGGGCUAUUUGCGUACCCUGCGCAGUCAAAUAUGAAUGGUCGGCGAUUUCCGAUGCGGUGGUGUGAGCAGGUACGCGCGAGAUGCUCAAAAGCAGAAAAUAAGGUCUAUACGCUACUUGAUGCGGCGUCUUUUGUCUCUACGUCUCCGCUGGAUUUGAGCAAUGCCUCGACAGCCCCGGACUUCACGGUUCUCAGCUUCUACAAGAUUUUCGGGUUUCCUGACCUUGGUGCGUUGAUCGUGCGCAAGAGCGCCGGGGAUGUGUUUAGGCACCGGAAGUUCUUUGGCGGCGGCACGGUGAAUAUGGUCUUGACGGGGAACGAGCCGUGGCAUGCGAAGAAGGAGUCUUCUAUCCAUGAAAGGUUGGAAGAUGGGACACUUCCGUUUCACAGCAUAAUCGCCCUUGAGUCUGCUUUUGAGACGCAUCGUCGGCUUUAUGGAUCCAUGGAGAAUAUCGCUUCCCACACGCGUUUCCUUGCAAAGAGAUUGCAUGACCGGAUGGUUGCGCUCAAACACUACAACGGGACCAGAGCAUGCCAGCUCUAUACAACCCAGAACUCAAGCUACGACGACCCGUCAACACAAGGUCCCAUCCUUGCCUUCAACCUCCACAACAGCCGCGGCAUGUGGAUCGGCAAAUCAGAAGUCGAACGGCUAGCGAGCAUAAAGAACAUCCAGAUUCGCUCGGGAACGCUCUGUAACCCGGGUGGUACAGCAGUGAGUCUAGGCUGGAGCGGAGCUGACAUGCUCCGCCAUUUCUCGGCGGGGAUGCGCUGCGGAGACGAGCACGAUAUCAUGGACGAGCGGCCGACUGGGAUACUGCGCGUUAGCCUCGGCGCUAUGAGCAGUCAACGAGACGUUGAUGCGUUCGUCGCGUUCCUUGAGGAGUUCUACGUUGAUAAACUGCCAGAAGGGGUAUUGGUGCCGCUGAUGCGGGGUGUAUGCCUGCAACAGCCCAGCUUCUACGUCGAGAGUCUAUCAGUCUACCCAAUCAAAAGCUGCGGGGCGUUUCGAGUACCUGACGGACAGCGCUGGGAAGUGAGGAGAGAGGGACUAGCCUGGGACCGCGAGUGGUGUCUUGUGCACCAGGGGACAGGUGUAACGCUCAACCAGAAACGGUACCCUCGCAUGGCGCUGAUCCGGCCGACUCUUGACCUUGGACGUGGAAUUCUGCGUAUAAUUUGCGGGGAGGCUCAUGCCCUAGAAGGGAAGACACUAGAGAUCUCACUUAACCGCAUGGGCACGAAUGCCCUGACAACAUCACUGUGCCAGAACGCGUCGAAGCCAUCGACUGUUUGUGGAGAUAAAGUCGUUCUCCAGGCAUAUACGUCCCCGGCGGUAUCGAGCUUCUUCAGCAAUUUCCUCGGUGUACCUUGUACGCUGGCAAGAUUUCCGCCGCAGUCCUCAACUAGAUCCUACGCUCCUCGCAAGGUUGCAAGAAGCCGGAGCCAUAAUCAAAGCCCCAGCAUGCCAGGCUCAUUCCCGCAAGCACCCUCUUCACCGUCACCAUCACCAACACAGACACCUAUCCUCCUCUCCAAUGAAAGCCCCCUCCUCCUUAUAUCCCGCUCUUCCGUCAACCGCCUCAACGAAUCCAUCAAGUCGACUCCUCGCGCAAACCCAAACUCAAGCCUAGAUUCCGACAACUUCCCAGGAUCUGGCACCAACAGCAACAAAGCAGUCGCGGCAGACGUCUUCCGCGCUAACAUCGUCGUUGCCGAAAAUAUCCCGACAGCUGAGCGGCCCUACAUCGAGGAUACUUGGGCCUCGCUGAGAAUCGGCUCUGGGUCCGGGUCCGAGCAGUUGCGUUUCAACGUCCUGGGCUCGUGCGAGCGGUGCCAGAUGGUUUGUGUGGAUCAGUAUACCGGGCAGCGGGGCGAUGAGCCGUAUGCGACGUUGGCGAAGACGAGGAAGGUUGAGAGGAAGAUCUUGUUUGGGAGGCAUAUUUCGCCUGUUGGGGAUGCAAGGGCUCAUGGUGAGGGUGGGUGUUUGGGGACGGUUAUGGUUGGGGAUGUGGUUGUGCCGAGCUAUGAGGAUGAUGAUGAAUCAUGA